AUGCGCAGGGGGGUGUUGGCUGAGGGGGGUGCUCCCUCAGCCCCCUCUGUAGGCCGUGCUGCUGCUGCAGCAGCAGCAGCAGCAGCUGCUGCUGCUGCUGCUGCUGGCUUUUCUGACUUUUCUUUUUGUUAUGAAGGGCAACAGAUGAGGUGUAUGGAGUCUGAUGGUAGUGAGGGCAGCUGCAGAGACGUCAGCUGCACCACCGCCAGCACCGAGGGGGGCUGCGUGCUGCAGCUGCUGCAGCAGCAGCAGCUGGAUGGGGGUAUACGUUCAGGUGUGGGUGUUCCUUUGCUGCUGCAGCUGCUGCUCCCUUCUGCACCAGCAGCAGCAGCAGCAGCAGCUGCUGCUGCUGCUGUUCAUACAAACAGCAGCAGCAACAGCAGCAGCAGCAGCAGCAGCAGCAUACUCGUAGGACGCAGCCCUCUUGCUGCACCCCCCAGCGGCACAGCUAAACGUUAUGCUGGGGUGCUGCUGCUGCGGCUGACGCAUGCAGUAUCUGUCUCCUUGCUGGCUGCUGUCUCCGCCUAUGCAGCAACACAAACAGAAACUCCAUCUAAGGGGGGGGAGGGCCACCGCAGCAGCAGCAGCAGCAGCAGCAGCAGCAGCAACAGCAGCAGCAGCAGCAGCAGCAGCUUCUGGGUGUCGCAACCACUCGCUGAAGCACUCGAUACGUCUCUUAGUGAAAUCGUUCGUACAACAUUCCGUUUGCAUGUGCAGCAGCACAUGGAGGACAUGCGUUGGUUGGGGCUGCCGUCGACGCCUGGGGUGUUUCAGCUGCUGCCAGCAGACUGCUGCUGGAUGGAGGCGGAGCUGCAGCUGCUGUCGCUGCAGCUGUGUCUUGGUAGAGACCCCUUUGCUACCAGCAGCAGCAGCAGCAGCAGCAGCAGCAGCAGCAGCAGCUCUGUCUUGCUGCUGCAGCACCUGCUCACACUCGCACUCCCCGUACCCCUCCGCCUCUUCCACCCCACAGACACCCGGCACCGCGGCUUGUCUCUCGAGACAGUGCGUUCCCGGGAUCUUCACGAAGAAGCAGCAGCAGCAGCAGCAGCAGCAGCAGCAGCAGCAGCAACGACGGCAAGAAACCCCACGUAUACCCGCGGUUCCUCUGUUGAGGCAUUUGCUGCUGCAGCAACUGCUGCUGCAGCUUCUACCCGUCCAGCAGCAGGUGUAGCAGUAGCCCCAGCAACAGCAGCAACAGCAGCAGGAGCAGCAGCAGCAGCAGCAGCAACAACAACAGCAGGAGAACGUGAAGGUUUAUACUUUAAACGCAUAGCUAGUUCUUUCUCUUCUCUAGACUGUCUCAGCUCUACACCGUCCCCUCGUGUGACAGCUGGGGAGGCGGAUGGGCGGGAGGAGUCGAUAGCGGAGGUGCGCCUGCAGCUGCAGCUGCAGCAGCAGCAGCAGCAGCAGCAACCGCAGCAGCAGCAGCAGCAGCAGCAAGUAUCGGGAGACGAUGUGUGGGGUCGAUCCCCGCGCGCUGCGCCGGGGAGCAGCAGCAGCGGGGACUUCUCCCCCAGCCGCCCCCCCUCUUCUUCUCUGCGGCGCGAGGGCUUCAGCCUUGAGCUGUCUGUACACCUCAGGGAUUGCCUGUGGGCCCAUGUGUGGGUAUCUAAGGGUCUGCUGGUAUACGAGGCCCCCCACACCAGCGCGGAGACAGCAGCAGCAGCAGCAGCAGCAACGACAGCAACAAAAGAAGAACCCAGACCCGCGAUCCCAGGGAUAGGUGAACGCGUCCCUAACAUCCCGGGGCGGAUCAGCAGCAGCACUAACAACAGCAGCAGCUGCAGCAGCAACAGCAGCAGCAGCAACAGCAGCAGCGGGGGCCCCUCUCGUGAGGAUCCCGAGGGAGACAUCUGUAAGCUGCCAUCGACAAACCCUGGGGGCCCCGGGGGCCCCGGCCUGCUGCGCAGCGAAGAUAUUUUCUCCUGUGUUUCGUUGGGGGCCCCCUUGGGGGUACCCUUUGGGGGCUCGUUUGGGGUCCCCUUGGGGGCCCCCUGGGGGGCCUCCUGGGGCCUCGAGGAGAGAGCGCGGCAGUGCCUGCGGCGAGAGUAUGAGGGGGCGAAGCUGCGGCUGCAGCAGAGCGCGUGGUUUGCGUUUCAGGCUGCAGUGUGGUUUGUGUUGUCUGGGCCUGAUGAGGUGUAUGAUGAUGGGGGGAGAAUGUUUGCUGCUGGUAUUUUUUCUCCUGCUGCAGCAGCAGCAGCAGCAGCAACAGCUGCUGCUGUGAUGAGCAUGCAGCGAAGCAUGCAGGGAGCAGCAGUUGCUGCUGAGGCCCUGAAGCUUUGUCUGCUGGUGGUGCAGAGGCUGUGUGAGCUGCAGACACAAACCCUAAGAGACAUACGCCGCAGCAGCAGCCUGGGGUUGAGGGGGGGGGGCGAUGUAUACCCUGUAUGGACGCGGAGCUCUACUGGCUGUCUGGGGCGCGGUGAGGGGGAGAGAGAGAGAGAUAUAGAAGCAACAGAAGCAGCUGCUGCUGCUGCAGCAGAAGCUGCAGCAGCAGCAAACACAAGCAGAGCUACAAGUGAAGGCAGCAGCAGCAUGGGGGAAAGGGCCUCAAUUGCAGCAGAGGAUGAGGGGUACUGCUGCUCCCCUUGUGCUGGAUGGCCCGAGAAGGUUUUGUUUACGGAGAGGCUUAUAGAUAGAAUCCUGGUGCUGCUGCUGCGGUGUGUACGUGCAUCUGCUGCUGCUGCUGUGCUGCUGCUGAAGACCCUCUUCACUCACUUCAGACAGCUGCCUGUACACCUCGAGGCUUGUCUACGCACGCUGCCGGUGAAGGCGCGGCUGUAUGAGCUCCUCACAGAGUGUGUGCGUCGUCUGGCUCCUCCCCCUGCAGGCUCUGCAACAGGUGCAGCAGCAGCAGCAGCAGCAGCAGCAGCAGCAGCAGCAGCAGCAACAGCAGCAGGUGGUUCUGCGGGCUCGUGGGGUAUAUUCGGGGCCCCAGGCAGCAUGUGGGCAGGGGGGGGGCAGCGCCUCUUCUCUAGGGAAAGUGCUGAGGGGGCCUGCAGGCUGCUGCCCCCGCUGCAGCCGGUGAGCCUGGGUAGUCUGCUGCAUGCAGCGGGCCCGCUGCUGCAGCUGCAUGAGGAGUCCCCACAGGAUAUGGAUAUGGGGGGCCCCCUGGGGCCCCUAGAGGGGCCCCCAACGGGUACAGAGGGCCCCCUGCUCGCGUUGACAGAGACAGCAGAGCCGCGGGGGGAGGGGCUACCCAGGCAGCAGGAUGUGGGGUCCGCGUGGUCUUCUGCUGCUGCUGCUGCUGCAGCAGCAGCAGGUGGUGUUUCUGCUUCUGAUCCCUCCUCUUCUUCUUCAUCUGCAGUUGCUGCUGGAGGGUUGGGUGUGGUUCCUGUUGCAGUAUCUGCUGCAGCAGGUCCAUCAUCAUCAGCAGCAGCAGCAGCAGCACCAGCAGCAAGCGGAGCAUCCGAAGCAGCAGCAGCAGCAGCAGCAGGAGCAGCAGCAGGGGGAGAUGAUGAUGGUGACUUUGCUGCUUUGCCUCAGUCUGAGGUGUUUCUAUGCAGUCUCCCCUCUGAUGAGUUUCACGCGGAGAGUCUCCGUCUCUAUCAAGCUGUGCUGCAGGCCCCCGAGGCCCCCCUGCUGCUGCGGGGGGAGAGACACAGCGCGCUGCAGCAGCUAACACUGGCUAUAGAGUUAUGUACAGGGGCCCUAGGAAGUAUAUUUGAGGGCCUCUGCUGCAGCACGCAGCAGCAAGAGCAGCAGCAAAACAACGCAGAUGAUGAAGACACACACCGUACCUUCUUUAUGCGGGGAGAGAGCCUCCAGCUGCCUCUUACCCGGGGCCUGAGGGACCGUGCUGCUGCAGUUUUUUAUAGAGAACCAAGUGGAGAGCUGCAGCUGCAGCAGCAGCUGCAGCAGCAGCUGCAGCAGCAGCUGCAGCAGCAGAUGCUGCUGCAGGGGGAUGAUAUAAAAGGAAGGGAGAGUGCAUGCGAGCCGCCGAGGAGACAGACAAGCACGGGGCUGCGCCCCUGUCCCUAUCAGCAGCAGCAGCAGAGAGCAGCAAGAAUGAAACAGGAGAUGCUGCAGUGUUGUCGUCGUGGUGUUGCUGCUCUUGGGGUUCUCUGUUGUGACUGUAGUGGGUAUGGGGAGCUGCAGGAGUUGAUAGAUAAAGCGGAGAGACAGAGGCCCCCCGGCAGCACAGACCCAGACGCUAUACAUCCUUCUGCUGCAUACAGUGGAUACUUCAUGCUUACACUUGUCUGCUGUUUCGGGUCUGGGUUUUGGUGA